CACCAGAUGCGACAUAGUUGCAAAAAUUGUACCACAUCCAGCGGACGUAAAAUGCUAAAAAUUAUAUUUGCGCUGCUCAGCAUUGCAUUUUGCUGUGUUGAGCCAGCACCACAGGACUUCCAAACGGCCGCUCUACUGGUAGCAGGCCAGAUGAAGGAGGUGGUUGAAAAUGGCGCAGGUACGCGUGAUGAGCGGGAUUUGGAAUUCAUGGGCGCUAAGGCAGGCCAAAAUACGGCAUUCGGUUUUGGUGAUGCAAUGAAGAUGCCCACACAUAGACGUCGACGUGCGAUCGAACCGCAAGCAUUGGGUGCAGGUAACUCGAUAAGCUUUGAUUCGGAUUAUUCAUUAAGUGAUUAUUCUUAUGAGUCAGAAGAGUUUGAUUCGGCACCGAUUGUGGCGAAGGAACAACGUAAGAAACGUGACGCUUCAAGUGACAGUUCAUCAAGCAGUGGCUCAUCGAGCUACUCGUCGUCGUCGUCGUCAUCUUCGUCAUCAUCUUCCUCGGAUGAGUCUGACUAACGCUAGUGUGAAGUGAU